GUGGAUGUGUCUACAGAACUGCCAGCUGGAAGGAGGUGGCACGGGAACUCCCGGGUGAUACUCUCGGCCUCACACCCGUGGGGAUGGUGCCAAAGACGCUGCAGGGAUCCCCGAGGCUGGGCAAGCUAGAGGAAGGACGAACACCCCCAGAUGUAGCCAGGACCUCUCCUGGCAUCGCCCUCGGCCCUGAGUUUCCUCGCCAGUCAGCAAGUAGGAGCUGGACGCUUCCCAAGCAGUACGGCAAAAGGGAGGGGCAUUGCAAGGAUGACCCGGGGAGGGGUACCCAGGCCCACAAACAAAAGAAAUGGGUUCUGCUCACGGUGCCCGAGGAGUGGGUGGCACGGAAAGUGGACGCUAGUCCCGCCCGGGAGAUGGCCCAGGAUCCAGGCGACACGCACAGGGCGUCGCACGCGGGAGCCGGCGGGAGGGGUGGGCGCGAGCGCGCGCGGGGUCUCACGCGGAAGGGAGGCGCGGCGCGCAUGCUCAAUCCCACACCUCACCGGGCGGGGCGGGAGACCCGGGCUCCUAGGCGGGGGGAGGAGCGCUCGCGCAGCCGCCCCUGACAGGAGCGGGCUCGGCGGCUGCUGCAGCGCUCAGCGCCGGGGCCCUGCCGGAGCCGGGUCUAGCAUGUGCCGCGGCUCCCCGGCGGCGGCGGCUCCUCUGCAGCAACGGCAGCAGCAGCGGCCGCCAUGGCCAAGCCCAGCGCGGAGCUCACCCGCGAGCUGCAAGACAGCAUCAGAAGGUGCUUAAGCCAAGGGGCUGUGCUCCAACAACAUCGGGUGAAGCUGGAGACGAAGCCCAAGAAGUUUGAGGAUCGAGUUCUGGCCCUGACCUCCUGGCGCCUCCACCUCUUCCCCCUUAAAGUCCCAGCCAAGGUGGAGAGCUCCUUCAAUGUCCUAGAAAUCCGCGCCUUCAAUACGCUCAGUCAGAACCAGAUCCUAGUGGAGACAGAGCGUGGCCUGGUGAGCAUGCGGCUCCCAUCGGCUGAGAGUGUGGACCAGGUGACACGACAUGUGAGCUCUGCCCUCUCCAAGGUCUGCCCUGGCCCUGGGUGUCUAAUCCGUCGUGGAAAUGCUGACACCCCAGAAGGGCCCCGAGACACGUCCCCUAACUCUGAGACUUCCACAUCGACCACUCACAGUGUCUGUGGUGGCUUCUCCGAGACCUAUGCUGCCCUGUGUGACUACAAUGGACUGCACUGCCGUGAGGAGGUGCAAUGGGAUGUGGACACCAUCUAUCAUGCCGAGGAUAACCGGGAGUUCAAUCUUUUGGAUUUCAGCCACUUGGAAAGCCGAGACUUGGCCCUAAUGGUGGCAGCCCUGGCCUACAACCAGUGGUUCACCAAACUCUACUGCAAGGAUCUGCGGCUGGGCUCUGAAGUGUUAGAACAGGUGCUACAUACCCUGAGCAAGUCGGGGAGCCUCGAAGAGCUGGUGCUGGACAAUGCCGGGCUUAAGACGGACUUUGUCCAGAAGCUGGCCGGGGUGUUUGGGGAGAACGGGAGCUGUGUGCUGCAUGCCCUCACUCUGUCCCACAACCCCAUCGAGGACAAGGGUUUCCUCAGUCUGAGUCAACAGCUCCUCUGCUUCCCCACUGGCCUCACCAAACUGUGCCUGGCCAAGACUGCCAUUUCCCCUCGAGGGCUCCAGGCACUGGGCCAGACCUUCGGGGCCAACCCAGCCUUUGCCAGCUCCCUUCGAUACCUGGACCUGAGCAAGAACCCUGGGCUGCUCGCCACAGAUGAGGCCAAUGCCCUCUACAGUUUCCUGGCCCAGCCUAAUGCUCUGGUGCACCUGGACCUGGCAGGAACCGACUGCGCCAUUGACUUGCUGUGCUCCUGGCUGAAUCCACCAAGAGGAAAGGAUUCUUCCCCUGACUUGAACAAGGCACCUUAUGAGCCCCUAAUGGCUCGCUCUGGCUUUACACAUUCACUGCCUCUUCUGGGAGCCCUGCUCCAUGGCUGCUGUUCCCACCUAACCUACCUCAACCUGGCACGCAACAGCUGCUCCCACAGGUGUGAGCACAAAGGGCACAAGGAGGGAUGGGGUGAGCCAUGGGCAUCCCCCUCCCUUGCUGACCCCGGGAGUCUCUGCAGGAAGGGCCGAGAGGCCCCGCCGGCCUUCAAGCAGUUCUUCAGCAGCGCCUACACACUGAGCCACGUCAACCUGUCGGCCACGAGGCUGCCCCUGGAGGCCCUCAGGGCACUGCUCCAGGGCCUCUCCCUCAACAGUCACCUCAGUGAUCUGCACCUGGACCUCAGCAGCUGUGAGCUCCGCUCAGCAGGAGCCCAGGCUUUGCAGGAGCAGCUGGGGGCUGUCACCUGUGUGGGCAGCCUGGAUCUGUCAGACAAUGGGUUCGACUCGGACCUCCUGACACUGGUGCCCGCACUUGGCAAGAACAAGUCCCUCAAGCACCUGUUCCUGGGCAAGAACUUCAAUGUCAAGGCCAAGACCCUGGAGGAGAUCCUCCACAAGCUGGUGCAACUGAUCCAAGAAGAGGACUGUUCCCUGCAGUCACUGUCAGUGGCAGACUCAAGGCUGAAGCUCCGCACCAGCAUCCUCAUCAAUGCCCUGGGCAGCAACACCUGCCUGGCUAAGGUGGAUCUGAGUGGCAAUGGCAUGGAGGACAUCGGGGCCAAGAUGCUGUCUAAGGCCCUGCAGAUAAACUCCUCCCUCAGAACCAUCCUAUGGGAUCGAAACAACACAUCUGCCCUGGGCUUUCUGGACAUCGCAAGGGCCCUGGAGAGCAACCACACACUGCGCUUCAUGUCCUUCCCCGUGAGUGACAUCUCCCAAGCCUACCGCAGCGCCCCGGAGCGCACCGAGGAUGUCUGGCAGAAGAUCCAGUGGUGCUUGGUGAGGAACAACCACUCCCAGACAUGCCCUCAGGAGCAGGCCUUCAGGCUGCAGCAGGGCCUGGUGACCAGCAGCGCCGAGCAAAUGCUGCAGCGGCUGUGUGGCCGGGUGCAGGAGGAGGUUCGGGCCCUGAGGCUGUGCCCCCUGGAGCCUGUGCAGGAUGAGCUGCUUUAUGCUCGGGACCUGAUCAAGGACGCCAAAAACUCACGGGCGCUGUUUCCCAGCCUCUAUGAGCUGGGCCAUGUGCUGGCCAAUGACGGGCCUGUACGGCAGAGGCUGGAGUCAGUUGCCAGUGAGGUGUCCAAGGCUGUGGACAAGGAACUGCAGGUGAUCCUGGAGUCGAUGGUCAGCCUUACACAGGAGUUAUGUCCUGUGGCCAUGCGAGUGGCUGAGGGACACAACAAGAUGCUGAGCAAUGUGGCUGAGCGCGUCACUGUGCCCCGGAACUUCAUCCGAGGGGCGCUGCUGGAGCAGGCAGGACAGGACAUUCAGAACAAGCUGGAUGAAGUAAAGCUCUCAGUCGUCACCUACUUGACCAACUCCAUAGUGGACGAGAUCCUGCAGGAGCUGUACCACUCCCACAAGAGCCUGGCCCGGCACCUGGCCCAGCUAAAGACACUAUCAGAUCCACCAUCGGGGCCAGGCCAAGGGCAGGAUCCGUCCUCCCGGGGCCGAGGCCGGAACCAUGACCAUGAGGAGACCACAGAUGAUGAACUUGGGACCAACAUCGACACCAUGGCCAUCAAAAAGCAGAAACGCUGCCGCAAGAUCCGGCCAGUGUCCGCCUUCAUUAGUGGGAGCCCUCAGGACAUGGAAAGCCAGCUGGGGAGCCUGGGGAUCCCCCCUGGCUGGUUCUCAGGACUCGGAAGCAGCCAGCCCACAGGCAGUGGCUCCUGGGAGGGUCUAUCCGAGCUGCCCACUCAUGGCUAUAAACUAAGGCAUCAAACACAAGGCAGGCCUCGGCCCCCCAGGACCAUACCUCCAGGACCUGGUCGGCCCAGUCAGGUGCCAAUAACUGGGACCCGACAGGAGAAUGGGAUGGCCACCCGCCUGGAUGAGGGGCUGGAGGAUUUUUUCAGCCGAAGGGUCAUGGAUGAAAGCUCCAGCUACCCCCGGACUCUGCGGACCCUGCGGCCAGGCCUCUCAGAGCCACCACUGCCUCCACUCCAGAAGAAGAGACGCAGAGGCCUGUUUCACUUUCGCCGGCCCCGGAGCUUCAAGGGGGAUAGGGGACCAGGGUCCCCCACCACUGGGCUCCUCCUCCCUCCUCCCCCACCCCCACCCCCAACUCAGGAGAGCCCCCCAAGCCCAGAUCCCCCCAGCCUUGGCAAUAAUUCCUCCCCCUGUUGGAGCCCAGAGGAGGAGAGCGGCCCCCUCCCUGGAUUUGGGGGGAGCCGGGGGCCUUCCUUCCGCAGGAAGAUGGGCACUGAGGGGGCAGAGCCAGGGGAGGGGGGCCUGGCCCCUGGGACGGCACAGCAGCCAAGGGUCCAUGGUGUUGCCCUUCCUGGGUUGGGAAGAGCCAAGGGUUGGAGCUUCGACGGGAAACGAGAGGGUACAGGCCCAGACCUGGAGGGCAGUGUCCAGGCUUGGCAGAAACGGCGCUCUUCAGACGAUGCAGGGCCGGGAGCCUGGAAGCCCCCACCACCACCCCAAAGCACCAAGCCAAGCUUCAGCGCCAUGCGCCGAGCAGAAGCCACAUGGCACAUAGCUGAGGAGAGUGCCCCCAACCACAGCUGCCAGAGCCCCAGCCCAGCCUCUCAGGACGGGGAGGAGGAAAAGGAGGGGGCCCAAUUCCCAGAGAGGACCGUUCCCACUAGGAAUGCCAAGCUGCAGGACCCCCCUUUAGCUUCACGGGCCCCCAAGCCAGUGGCUGUGCCCCGGGGCCGCCGGCCCCCCCAGGAGCCAGGGGGCAGGGAGGAGGCUGAGGCUGGGGGUGCAGUCCUAGGAAUGAACAAGCCCCGGCUGAGGCUGGGCUCACAGCAGGAUCAAGAGGAGACCGAGGUCCAAGGGCCCCCAGAUCCAGGCCGCCGGACUGCCCCCCUGAAGCCCAAGAGGACGCGGCGGGCACAGUCCUGUGACAAGCUGGAGCCUGACAGAAGGCAGCCCCCUGACCCCACAGCAGGAACCAGUGAGCCAGGAACAGACUGACAGCCGCUACAGCACCCUGCCCAGCCCUCCUCUCAACAUGUGCCUCACAAGGACUCAGACCCCCACCCACCCCCCACACCUCCAGGCCCCUCUGCCAGCCCAUCCCCCAGGGGCAGGAUGGCAGGAUGAGGCCUGGGGACAGGAGGUGGGGGACAGGAUGGGAGGGAGCAACCUGGAGAGAGGGAGGCAGAGCUUGGGGCAGGGCCGUCUCCUCGCCUGGAAGGGCAGAUCUGUCCCUCUAUCCCCAGGGACUCUCUCCCUCCUUGUAUAGAAUAAAAAAAACAAAAUCAC